CUCGAUUGAUAUGUCACCAUGUUCGAGUUCACACCACAAAUAUGAGGAAGACGCUAACAGCGAAAAGGCCCAGCUUGUAUCAACGAAAGCCUCACGAGGAGGAUUUGGAUGGAUUGGAGAGGAAGAAGAGCAUAGCAUCAUAGACUGCCGACAUUGGUAAAUGGGAAGAUCCACUAUCAUCUCUGAUGGUUACGUAGGGGCGGUAAUCGAUCUUCCUAUUAGAGACGGAGGCAUGAAAGCCGAGGUUUACUGACAAUGUUCCGCGGAAGUUGGCAGGCAUUGGUUUGUUGACUGGUUAAUUGAAACGUCCGCGGACGAAGCAUCGUUUCGGGGAAGAUAGCUGAAAGGGUCAUGUAUUGCUGGAAAUAAUGGUCGGUCCGGUAGCUGAUAAGAGAAAUACUUAUAAAUACCUUGGGUCGGACCAUUGGUAGUAGAAUUGCUGUGCACUUCUCCCGUUCAGAUUCUUUUAGUCGUUACUGCUUCAAGAUAUACAGCAUGUCUUCAGACACUACUAGAUUCUUCUCCAAGGCAGACAAAUACCUAAUGAGCACCGGAGUUCCCUACUCCCUCGUGAUAAUCACCAAAACUAAAGGAGCCCGCCUCUACGAUGCCAACGACCGCCAAAUCCUCGACUUCACAUCGGGCCAAAUGAGCUCUCUACUUGGCCACUCCCACCCCGAAAUCGUCGAGGUAGUCCAGAAGCACGCUGCUGAGCUCGACCAUCUUCUUAGUAACAUGAUAACGUACCCAGUCGUUGACCUUGCUGAACGACUUGCUCGCUUCCUUCCAGCGCCGCUUGAAAAGUCCUUCUUCCUUAACACAGGCUCUGAGUCUACGGAAGCAGCUAUUAAAAUUGCUAAAUGCUAUACUGGUAAUUUUGAGAUCAUCGCAUUCGCAGCCAGUUACCACGGCCUAACCCAAGGCGCUGGGUCUGCGACCUACUCGACCGGUCGAAGAAAAGGCGGGCCCGCCAUGCCAGGCCAACUUGCCUUCCCAGCACCUUAUGCCUAUCGCUCUCCCUUCCGGAAGUCAGACGACUCUUACGACUGGGAGACAGAGCUGGAAUUUGGCUGGUCGAUGAUUGACAGACAAAGCGUGGGGUCGCUGGCUGCGUUUAUCAUGGAGCCUAUCCUUUCUACUGGUGGCGUCCUGGACUUUCCACGGGGGUAUCUGCAGCGCAUGAACCUUGAAUGCAAGAAGCGUGGUAUGCUUCUUAUCAUGGACGAAGCGCAGACCGGAGUUGGCCGUACGGGGCAGAUGUUCGCGUUUGAGCACGAUGAUAUCGUCCCGGAUAUCCUUGCCCUCUCCAAGACCCUGGGAUGUGGUCUUCCGCUUGCUUCUGUCAGUACUACCGCAGAGAUCGAGCGUGGCUGCAAAGAGGCCGGAUUCUUAUGGCUCACGACACAUCUCAACGAUCCUUUGACCGCGGCGGUGGGAAACAAAGUCCUCGAAAUUGUGGAGCGGGAUCAUAUCUGCGAGCACGCUGCAGAACGCGGACACCAGUUACGUUGUGGUCUUUUGAAGCUUCAAGAGAAAUAUUGGUGCAUUGGCGACGUGCGAGGCCGGGGUCUGUUGCAGGGUAUUGAGAUUAUCUCUGAUCAUCAAACCAGGGCUCCUGGGACACAGCUCGGACAGGCGGUUUCAGAGGAGGCUAUGGCAAGAGGGCUGUCGUGUAAUAUUGUCAAUCUGCCUGGUAUGGGUGGUGUUUUUCGUCUGGCGCCGCCGGUCACUGUUUUUGCGGAGGAGAUUGAGGAGGGUCUGAGGAUCUUAGAUGAGGCUUUUGCGCAUGUUCUGGGUGCGACAACUACCUAG